GGUGGCGGGAAUCCUGCUGGGAUUUUGCCUGCAUAUCUGUGAGCCCACACGCGUGUGACUGCAGAGACAUGCGUGUGCAUCCGUGCACAAGCACACAGCCAGGCGUGCUCACACCCAUCUGCGUGCCCACCUGCACAGGGGUGCACAGCCGGUUUUGUACAUCCAUACCUGCACACCCCUGUGUUUGCACACCGUGUGCACACUCACACCUUUGCAUGCUGUGCUUGCACACGCACAAGCUUGCACAUCUGCAGUCUCACUCGCUCAGAUUCUGCACACUCCAUGUUUGCAUAGCCUUGUAUUUGCACGCCGUGCAUGUGCACCCAUUUGCAUGCAGUGUUUCUGCGCUCUAAAAUUCCACAUUUGCCAUCAGUGGCAUUUGCUGUCUGUUUGCACACCGCCAUGUUUGCACAGCUCCACAUCUGCACACCCUAUAUGUGCGUCCUUGUUCAUUUGCACACACUGCUCAAAAAUGCAAGCUUCUGUUUGCAAUCUCAUUUGCAGUUUGCACUCUCCCGUGUUCGCACAUCCCCACAUUUGCACCUCCAUGCACUUGCACACAGUGUUUGCCCACCCUGAGCUUCCACGUUUGCCACCCAUUUCGCACCAACUCAUUUUGCACACCCCCACGUUCGCACACCCCGCGCGUUUCUCCGCACCCCCCACCAUGCCCCGUGAACUACAUCUCCCAGCAAGCCCCGCGCCGCCCCGCCGUCCAAUCAGCGCGCGGCUUGCUGGCGGGUGCCAACAUGGCGGUGCCCAGGCGCUGAGCGAGCGGAGCCGGCGGGUGAGGAGCUCUGCGGACGAGGCCUGAGGGCCGGGAGCGGAGCCGAGAGAACGGGGAGCGAUCUCCCGGCUCCGGCCCUCGCUGUGCGCCCCGAGGCCCGGCCCCGAGGCCUCUCCGUUCCCACAGAGCGCAGCCAUGAAGGUGGUGAACUUGAAGCAGGCCAUCCUGCAGGCCUGGAAGGAGCGCUGGAGCGACUACCAAUGGGCCAUCAACAUGAAGCGCUUCUUCCCCCGCGGAGCCACCUGGGACAUCCUCAACCUGGCAGAGGCUCUGCUCGAGCAGGCGAUGAUCGGGCCGUCGCCGAACCCACUCAUCUUGUCCUACCUGAAGUACGCUAUCAGCUCCCAGAUGGUGUCUUAUUCCACAGUGCUGAUGGCCAUCAGCAAGUUUGAUGACUUCUCCCGGGAUCUGUGCGUGCAGUCGCUGCUGGAGAUCAUGGACAUGUUUUGCGACCGCCUCAGCUGCCACGGCAGAGCAGAGGAGUGCAUCGGUUUGUGCCGGGCGCUGAUGAGCGCCCUGAACUGGCUCCUGCGCUGCGCGGCCUUCUAUGCUGAGAAGGUGAAGGAGAUGCUGGAGCAGGUGGCAGCAGAGGGCCAGAUGAAAAUGUGCCUGGAGCGGCUGGAGAAAAUGCUGGGCAGCACCAAGAACCGUGCCCUGAUCCACAUUGCCCAGCUGGAGGAGACCUCCUCCUGGAACACCGUGGAGCAAUCCCUCCUCAAGCUAGAGGAAAGUCUGAAUGGCCUCAGCAACUCCGCGCUGCGAAGCCAGGCUGAUGAGUGCAUCUCCCUCAUCAAGAGCAUCCCCACCAUGCUAUCAGUUCGCUCUGAGCAGCUGAACAAGACUGGCUUCCCCACUGUGCACGCUGUGGUGCUGCUGGAGGGGACCAUGAACCUCACAGGAGAGAUCCAGCCUCUGGUGGAGCAGCUGAUGAUGGUGAAGAGGAUGCAGCGCAUCCCCUCCCCGCUCUUCAUGCUGGAGAUCUGGAAGGCAUGUUUUGUGGGCCUCAUCGAGUCCCCAGAGGGCACAGAGGAGCUGAAGUGGACAGCCUUUACCUUCCUGAAGAUCCCUCAGGUCCUGGUUGAACUCAAGAACUAUCCCCAUGGGGACAAGGAUUUCACAGAGGAUGUGAACUGUGCCUUCGAGUUCCUGCUGAAGCUGACCCCUCUGCUUGACAAAGCAGAUCAACGAUGCAACUGCAACUGCAUGAGUCUGCUCCUGCAGGAGUGCAGCAAACAGGGGCUGCUCUCAGAAGCCAACAUGACCAACCUGACUGAUAAACGCAAAGCAGACAGGGAAGAUGCUCCGCAGUUGCAAUCAGCAGAGAAUGCCAACAUCCAGCCAAACCCCAGGCUCAUCCUGAGGGCCGAGCCAACUGUCACCAACAUCCUGAAGACUAUGGAUGCAGAUCACUCCAAAUCCCCCGAGGGCCUGCUGGGGGUCCUGGGUCACAUGCUGUCUGGGAAGAGCUUGGACCUGCUGUUGGCAGCAGCAGCAGCGACUGGCAAGCUCAAAUCCUUUGCUUGGAAGUUCAUCAAGCUGAAUGAAUUCACCAAGCACAUCAGUACAGAAAACUCCAAGUCCGCCCCGGUUCGGGCCCUUCUCUUCGACAUCUCGUUCCUCAUGCUGUGCCAUGUGGCCCAGACCUACGGCUCGGAGGUGAUCCUGUCAGAGUCGAGGCCUGCAGAUGAGGUGCCCUUCUUUGAGACCUGGAUGCUGACCUGCAUGCCUGAGGAGGGCAAGAUCCUCAACCCUGACCAUCCCUGCUUCCGCCCUGACUCCACCAAGGUGGAAUCCCUCGUCGCCCUCCUCAACAACUCCUCAGAGAUGAAGCUGGUGCAGAUCAAUUGGCACGAGGUGUGUCUGAGCAUCUCGGCUGCCAUCCUGGAGAUCCUCAAUGCCUGGGAGAACAGCGUGCUCACCUUUGAGUCCAUCCAGAAAAUCACAGACAACAUCAAGGGCAAGGUGUGCAGCAUGGCGGUGUGCGCUGUGGCCUGGCUGGUGGCCCACGUCCGCAUGCUGGGCUUGGAUGAGCGGGAGAAAUCCCUGCAGAUGAUCCGGCAGUUGGCCACCCCGCUGUAUGGCGACAACACGCUGCAGUUCUACAACGAGCGCGUGGUGAUCAUGAGUUCCAUCCUGGAGCACAUGUGUGCGGAUGUCCUGCAGCAGACGGCCACGCAGAUCAAGUUCCCAUCCACGGGCAUGGACACCAUCCCCUACUGGAACCUGCUGCCCCCCAAGAAGCCCAUCAAGGAGGUGCUGACGAGCGUGUUCACCAAGGUGCUGGAGAAGGGCUGGGUUGACAGCCGCUCCAUCCACAUCUUCGACACCCUGCUGCACAUGGGAGGGGUCUACUGGUUCUGCAACAACCUGGUCAAGGAGCUGCUGAAGGAGACGCGGAAGGAGCACACGCUGCGAGCCGUGGAGCUGCUCUAUGCCAUCUUCUGCCUGGACAUGCAGCAGCUGACGCUGACCCUGCUGGGCCACAUCCUGCCCAACCUGCUCACCGAUUCCUCCAAGUGGCACACCCUGAUGGACCCUCCAGGGAAGGCUCUGGCUAAGCUCUCUGUCUGGUGUGCCCUGAGCUCCUACUCCUCCCACAACAAGGGCCAGGCAUCUGCCAGGCAGAAGAAGAGGCACCGAGAGGACAUUGAGGACUACAUCAGCCUGUUCCCACUGGACGACACGCGGCCCUCCAAGCUCAUGCGCCUGCUCAGCUCCAAUGAGGAAGACGCCAACAUCCUCUCCAGCCCCAAUCGCUCCAUGAGCAGCUCCCUGUCUGCCUCCCAGCUGCACGCUGUCAGCAUGAGGGACCCUCUGAACAGAGUGCUGGCAAACCUCUUCCUGCUCAUCUCCUCCAUCCUGGGCUCCAAGACAGCUGGCACUCACACGCAGUUCGUGCAGUGGUUCAUGGAGGAGUGCGUGGACUGCCUGGAGCAGGGCAGCCACGGCAGCAUCCUGCAGUUCAUGCCUUUCACCAUGGUUUCAGAGCUGGUGAAAGUCUCCACCAUGUCCAGUCCCAAAAUCGUCCUGGCCAUCACGGAUCUGGGUCUGCCCCUGGGCCGCCGCGUCGCUGCCAAAGCCAUCGCUGCACUGUGAGUGUGGCUCUGCCUCUGCUGUGCGGGACAGAGGUGCAGAGUGGCUGCUGGGGGGCUUCCAGGAGUCUGAGUGCCAGACUGGGGCUGGGACCCCUGAAACUCUCUCCAUCACCCUGGUUUGAUGCUGCCCCGUGUGAGGGCAGAGCUGGC